AUGCGAGUGAAUGACACAGAUUUGUUGAAAAUAUCUUGUCUUUCCUGUUUGCAUUGCAAAGAUGGAGGCAGAGGGAACGUGCCCCCGCUGUCACUCUCUGCUAAAUUUGAGGGGUCCUUUGCCUAUCUGACUGUGAGAGAUAGACUACCAACCAUACUCACAAAAGUGGUAGACUCUUUACAUCGUAAUAAAGACAAUUUCUUCAAAGAGUAUGGAAAGGAGGGCAUCCAGGCAGAGAAGAGAGCCAUCUCCUUCCUGUCCAAGCUGAGGAAUGAACUGCAGACAGACAAACCUGUGCUGCUUCUGACUGAUAAUGCUGAGGACACAGAGGCCUGGAAUGAAUACAUGGGUAGACAGCAGGACCUGAUGGAGGACGGGCAGCCUGUCAGCUGGUUCAAGUCACCAUGGCUUUAUAUGGAGUGCUACAUGUACCGAAGGAUCCAAGAGGCUCUGUAUAUGAAUCCCCCGAUGGAUAACUUUGACGGCUUUAAGGAGGGAAAGAUGCAAAGCUUCUUUGAAUCUCAACAAGCGAUUAAAUCUGUCUGUACAUACCUUCAGGAUCUCAUCACCAACAUGGAGAACAUGACUGAGUUGCAGCUGCGAGAGAAUUUUCUCAAGUUACUUCAGGUCUCUCUGUGGGGAAACAAGUGUGAUCUGUCCAUCUCCGCCGGUCAGGACAACUCUCAAAGGUCCAGUCCCAUCGAUUCUCUGUCUGAUCUCCAGCGCUUCAUCCUAGUGGAUGACUCCAACAUGGUUUGGUCAACGCUGAUUGCUGCUCAAGGGUCCGGAACCGCAGGGAAGAAGCAUGCAAGAGUGGACAUUGUUUUAGACAAUGCUGGUUUUGAGCUUGUUACCGAUCUGGUCCUUGCUGACUUCCUUGUUUCUGCCGGACUAGCCAAGCAAAUCCGAUUUCAUGGCAAGUCCAUGCCAUGGUUCCUCUCAGACGUCACCAAACAAGACUUUGAGUGGACCAUCAUGCAGACCAUGGCAGCCAAUCACAAGUGGAUGUCAGCUAGCGGUGUCCAAUGGAAGCAUUUCAUGAAGGAUGGCACCUGGUCCUACCACGACCACCCUUUUUGGACCAUGCCCCACGAGUUCUGCGACAUGGCGCUGGAUGCAGCUGAUCUCUACGGCAACCUCCAGGGCUCUGACCUGAUUCUCUUCAAAGGAGACCUGAACUACAGGAAGCUGACUGGCGACAGGAAGUGGGACCACACGGUUCUGUUCGAUCGGGCGUUGAGGGGGUUCCAGCCUGCCCCUCUCUGUAGUCUUAGGACACUGAAGGCUGAUGUUCAGGUGGGCUUGCAGCCGGGCCAGGCAGAGAAGCUCAACUCUCAGGAUCCACACUGGAUGACUAAUGGCAAAUAUGCUGUGGUUCAGUUUUCCAGUCCACAGAGAGAACGGUAGAGGUGUCUUUAAAAAUAAGAGAGUCCUCACUGAUGAGGGAAUUAUCAGGAAGCAAGUGAUGAUGUGAUAAAAUGCACUAAUUAAAGAUGCUGUUUCAAUUACCAACACGCCAAACAAAUGUGUUAUGAUGGUUUAGCUUUGCUUGUAUUUUUUUUUUAUCCAACACUUUUUUUUGCUUGGAAGCAAAUUAUUUAAUGAACCGUAACGCUUCUGCAUAUCAAACACUGAAUGUAAUAUGAAACUAAAUGAUGUACUUGUUGAUAGAACAAUGAAGGUUUGAAGAGAAACCUGGCUAUCUUUUGCUCAUAGUUUACAGUAUAUGGUUUUCUGUUUGUACUGCUGAUGUGUAUUGUCUAAAAGUACAGUUACAGUUAUUAAAGACAUUUAGACUUAUACAUCCAUAAAACUACACAGAUGUCUUGUUUGGUUGCUGUUAAAUGUUAUUGUGAGAACCUUUAGUGAGAAAUGUUUAUGUGUUUUAAAGUAUAUCAAAGAGGGGGUUUGUAGCCUAAUAGUUUGUGGGCUUUGUAUUGAUUACAUAAUUGAAAAAGAAAACAUUAAAGAAAUACUGUUUUAAUAAAACAAUUCUAGUAAAUUAAUGGCAAAACUGAAUGUAUGAUGACACAAAUUUAAAGGGGAAUUUCAUGAAAUGCAGAUGCGCAAACAAAUCCAAGGUUUUUGUUUUAGCCAAGCACUAAAUCACAAUUAUUUGCUAAUGUCAAUACAUGUUAACACAUUCUGUUUUCUGUCUGAUGAAAAUAUUGGCCAUACACCACAGUGUUUUUGUUUUUUCAUACUGCUCUUUAAAAACUGGUUUACUGUUAUGGGCUGUGUGGAGAAGUGCACCAAGAUUGUUUCUUUUUAAGCUUAUUUAUGAGCAAAUUGGAAACAGUUGCUAGUCAGGAUGCUUAUGUACACACAUUUGUUAAAAUGGUUAUUCUGUGUUUUGAAUGCAAUUGAACAAAGUUUGCAAAUUACAUUUUUCUUUAACUCUUACAAUGUAAUCGUAUUUAACAAUUCGUUCCAGAGAUACAGAUAUGAAAUUACGCUGGCAGAAAUGGUCAUGAUGACCCAUUCUGCUAUUUGAUCGGUCUUGUUUUUUUAGUUUUUUUUUUUAAGUUGUGUGUGGAUGCUUCCUGGGUUUUCCAAUGAGCCUUGCCUCUACAGAGCAGUAAAGAACCCUAAAAGUAGUGAUGUUACGUAAUAAGCACAUGAACGCUAUCUUUUUGUGUUUAGGGGUCAGCUGAGGACUGCAUGUAUGCGUUUUUUUUUUUUUUUUCCUGGAAAUCAAGGCCAUGGUUUGAUCUUUGAACUGUUCUAGUUCUCUUCUGGCAAGAGUUAAGCUCAGAUUUAGACCCUAAAGUUUUCAUUGUAAGAUCUAUUGUUGUUUAUGUAGUGUUUUUAAGCUGUAAGAAAUAAAUAUAGACAAAUAAAAAUCAGCUAAUGUUUUAA